GGAAUGGAUGGAAUAUGGUAGAUCUAACCGGGCUCCAGUUCUGGAAGAGGAUGAUGAUGACAGAGACGUCCAUCUCCCAUCCCAUAUUAUCAGAGAUCAAAUAAACCUCUCAGAUCUACAUGAGGCUACGGGGGAUGAUUGUAUCAACGAUUGGGCACGUAAACAUAUGGGUGACACUCACCUAGGGAAGUGGAAGUUCCAGAAGGGGCCUACGAAGGCUGACCCGAAGUGUCAAAAAGGAAAAGGCAAAGCAGCAACAAAACCAGUGAGCAGCGACACCGAGACUGAUGAUGGCGAAGGGGAGACUCAGUUCACACAUGCUACUCAGGACACCGACCAUGGAGCACCGCAAUCGCAGAGGAGAACAAUUGGACCGACGGACUACGACACUCCACAGUACUCUUCUUCCUCCUACAGCGAUACCUCGCAGUCUUUUCACUAUCUCAUACCUGACAUCAGCGAGAUGGGUAAAUCCACUGAUGGAUUCUGCAUCAUCUCAUUUUAUGUUGAUGAUUUGAAUAUCAUCAGGACCACAAGGGACAUUGAGGAAGCAUCAGCUUACCUCAAGAUGGAUUUUGAGAUGAAGAUUUGA